AUGGUUGGGAAUGAGUCUGGGAAUCGGUCUCGGACUCAGGUCGGCAGCCGACAAUUGAUUGAAAAGGUUUCUUCCCCGUUUUAUGUGACGAAUUUUCCUGUUGAUUUCGGAGUGAAGGAAUUAUGGGAUGCAUGUGUGAAGGUGGGGAUUGUGGUUGAUGUUUACAUUGCAAAGAAGCUAUCCAAAUUAGGUAAACAUUUUGCCUUUGUUCGUUUCAUUAAAGUGUCAGAUGAGAAACUGUUGGAAAGUAAGAUUAGAGAUAUUUGGUUGGGUUCAUACCAUCUAUUUGCUUCAGUAGCACGUUUUCAACAAGAACUUGAUUAUACGGGGCUGUCUAAUUCACAUGUGCAUGGUGAUCAGGUGGUGUCGAAACUUAAUGGGCAGGGGCUUGGAUCCUAUGUGACUGUGGUUAUGGGGGGCAAGGGUAUGCAUGGGAUGAAAGGGCCUAAACCUAAUGUUUGUACUUUGUCUGGGAAAUCUGUCCUUAAAGGCUUCGGUGUUUGCGAAAAUCAGGGAUAUUAG